UGCUACAGUUCCCGCAGAGUAAAAGUCACGUUGGAACGAAAGGGGAGCGCUAUCCACUUACAGCUGCUGCCAGAUAUUCGAUCGCAUUCGCAUGGCGAGGGGGUAACCUGAUCGGCUGAAGGCUUGCCGGAACCAGGGAGGAGUGACUUACCAGGAAAGGCUUGAAAAAUGUCUUCUUCUUCAGGAGAAGUCACAAUUUCAAAUGACAUUCAGAAGGAAAAUGUGAAGACGGACAGGCGAGAGUGUAUCAAGCUUCUGGCGCUCGAUACCGCGGAGUUGUCUAUGGAGCGCGCAACUUCGAACACUGAUGCGGUCCACAGUGAACUUCUGGUGAGCGCGACCUCUUCCCUGGCAUUCUCCCCGGAGCAAGUGGCGUGCGUCUGCGAGGCUCUACAGCAGGGAGGCAAUGUGGACCGGCUGGCCAGGUUUUUAUGGUCCUUGCCACAGAGUGACCUGCUACGCGGCAACGAAAGCAUCCUGAAAGCUCAAGCUCUUGUCGCUUUUCAUCAGGCUCGGUACCAGGAGCUCUACAGUAUUUUGGAGAACCACAGCUUCAGUCCGUCCAACCACUCUUCGCUCCAAGACCUAUGGUACAAGGCACGGUAUACCGAGGCAGAGAAAGCGCGUGGGAGACCCCUGGGCGCCGUGGAUAAAUAUCGCCUGCGGAGAAAGUACCCACUCCCCCGGACUAUCUGGGACGGGGAAGAGACAGUAUACUGCUUCAAAGAGAGGUCCCGCAACGCGCUGAAGGAUCUCUACAAGCAGAAUAGAUACCCAUCUCCAGCCGAGAAAAGAAACCUCGCUAAAAUCACGGGACUCUCUUUGACGCAGGUCAGCAACUGGUUCAAAAACAGGAGGCAGAGGGACAGAAACCCAUCCGAAGCACAAUCAAAAAGUGAAUCCGAUGGCAACCACAGCACAGAGGAUGAGUCUAGUAAAGGACAGGAAGAGCUUUCUCCACUCCCCCUCUCCAAUUCAUCUGACGGGGCGAUGACCCAUGGGGCCCUCCCCCUGCAGACAGGGUCUCUGGACAGUGGGUUGGUCAUCAAACAGAUUGGGGACAUCAAGAUGCCCCCUGGAUCCAGCAGUGGGAUUCUCUUUAACGGGAACCUAGUGACCAGUAACCCCUCCACUGUCUUCCAUAACGGUGGCUCGUCUUACCUCCAGGCCCCCAGCAACAUCCUGUUCAACGGGCUCAACCUGGGUGUCCAGCCCCUGGCCUUCAACCCCCAGCGGCUCUCUGGGGGGGUCUUGAUGGGGGGCUCUGGUGUGGACAUGCAGAUGCAGGCAGGCCAGGAGAAGGGGCUGGGCAGCUCCAGUGUGGACUAUGCCUCCUACUCCGGCUGUGUGAACGGGGCAGAGGUGAAACUGGAGGGGGUUCACGGCAUGGCAGCUCAAAAUGCCGGCUCGUCCGUCCUCACGUUCAGUUCGUCCUCAGGGGCGCUCCAGCUGGGCGGUUACAGUCAGGUCCAUGUGCACAGCGGCAUAUCUGACGGCAACGGGGCAUCUCUGCUCAACAGCAAUGUAGGUCUUCCUCCUCUGCAGCUCCCCUCUGGCUCCUCCACCUCAGCACUCUCACAAGGGUCAGCUUCAAAACCCAGGUGUGAGAGAGACACAGCAGAGAUUUCUGAUGGAUUUCUGCUGGAAGUUAAGAACAUACAGCAACAGUACAGUACAAUCCAAGUGAACAAUGUAGCAGUCAGUUCUUCCAGUGAGGACUCCUACCACCACCAGCACCAUCAGGACAAGCUGACCAUGGCCCCCAUGCACCCCAGCACGGUGCUGUACAGCAUGGGCAACACUGGACAGACCUCCAUCAAGAAGGAGCCCCUGGAGGGAGGCGGGGGCGGUGGGGUGUACUCCUACCACCAUGGCCUUCACCUGGACCCCAGUGGGCAGCUCAGUUACUCCUCAGCCCCCCUAAACUCAGAGGAGGUCCCCUCUAGCCAGGGUCCCACCCCCUCCUCUGAUGUAACCAUGGUCAGCUCCUCCAGUCCAGAGCCUGAGGUCUACACCACCCUUACCGUCAGCACCCCUCUGAUGGCCCAAACAGACCCGAACAGACACCACCUCCAGCCUGGGGAGUACCUCAGGGGCCACAACCCACAACCUGUCCCCUCCUCACACCUCCUGGGCCCUGGCAUGAACAACAACUACAUGUCUGUGUCAGAGAGUAAGGUGGACGCUAGUGGCAAUGGGGUGAAUGAGAUGGUGCGGGUCAUGUGUGGGGAGAUGGAGCCGGGGGAGGAGAAGGAGCUGGCCAAAUUACAGACAGUGCAGAUGGACGAGGAUAUGGCUGACCUUUAACCUGUAACCUAUGACGUUUCAUAAGCACUCAUAUCUGCCCAAGCAGUGAUGUGAUGAAUAUUUUUACUUUUUUGUGUGUUUUUUUACCAUUAAUUUCUUCUAAGUGUUAAAUUAUUUGCUAAUGUUGUGUUCAUUUUACCUUACAAUGCACUCUUUUCAGAUACAAACCCCUUGGAUUGGCACCAGGAAGUCAUCCUAAUGAAUGAUUUUAAAACCCCCGAUUCCUCUAUGCCUCACAGAAAGUCAGAACUAGAAGUCCCUUGCAUGCAUAUGAACCACAUUCUAAGUGUGCAUUUUUUAUAUACAACACCUGCUACUUCCCAUUGAGUGGACUUGAUCCACAGAAGCAGGUGUUGGAAUGGCCCUGGUCAUGUGACCAGGAUGUUCCUCCAAACUAAAUGUGUCAUCUGGGUCAACUCAAAAAGGUCCUUUAGUAGGGGGAGGGGAGCGUCUCUGUGAAAAUGUUCACUAAACCACUACAACUGCUGCACUGAGAACCACACAUAAAACCACAUAUGAAUAACAGGACCAUCACUGUGCACAGCAGUUGCUGAUUUAUGCAAUUUAGUCCUCUUCAAAUUCUCAGAAAGUCAUUCAAGUCUACCAUCCUCCAUAGUACAUUCAUAAUUUGUUACAUAUCAUGUGGGCUGAGGAUGAUUCAUCAUAUUUAUGGCAUGGUUUCUGUUCGGGGGACUUAAGAAGAAAUGAAUGUACCUUUCUGCCCCGUAGAAUGUCAGUCUGCACUGACCUCUCCUAAUUUGCACUAGCAUCAAAACACUAUAACAGAAGAUUGUAGCUUCAAAGAACCUACCUUUCCCUCUGGACUGAUCAAACCAUAGCAAAUCUAUACUGUGAAAACAUAUUUCAAGCUUAAUCCGUUAUUGGAGACAGGGGGAGGUUAUAAAGGGGGUGUGACACAGUCUGUAUCUAUUUGAAUGUAGUAAGACCACUAUAUGCUGUUUGUUAAUUUUGGCAACAGUAUGUCCCAUCAUUCAUUUUGAAAUGUCUCUCAAACUGUCUCUGUGAAAAUAUACAUCAGUUAUAUUUGUCUACACAGUAAGAUGCAAGCACAUUUAUAUUAUUGACUGUUGUGCCUGUUUGUGUGUUUGUAUGAGAAACUGGAAGGGGAGCAUUGUGUUUGAGGGAGGAGAACCACAUGCAGUCCGAAGUGUUUUAUAUGGCGAGGGAUUUCUAUUGUGUCCCUUUGCAUGGCAAACUGAGUUAAGAGUAUUACAAUGUCCUGGUUACUAGUGCCUUUUACUUUUAAUUGUUAUUUUCUAAAUACGAUUGAGUGUGACUAGCAAGUUCUCUACACUCUAUGAUUGAUGCAUAGGUGCAGAGUGAGACACAUGCAAACUUCCAUGGUUUUCAGAUAAUGCUAUACCACUUUGGGUAAUUUUCUGGUAUUAUUAGAUAGGUGCAUAAGCCAGACAUCUCCUGUGAUGUUGAGGUAGGGAGUAAGUGGCCCUCAUAUGUCAACAAAUGUAUGUGGAGCACUUCACAACUGAAGACAUGAACUCCACACAGACACCCAACACAAAACCAUAAUACCCCAUCUCAACCGCAUGACCAACAGAUGUCAUUUACACAUAACAGUAAAACAUUAAGACACAGAUCCAUGUACAUAGAGACUUGCCAGUACAUUUUCCUUUGUCAGGUUCCAUGACCUAAACCCUCACUCAGAGUAGAGCUAUGAACAGACUGCAAACUGACGUAAAGAUUACAUUACAGAACAACUUUGUCUACAUGCUCUGAUGUCAUAUACCAAAAAUAAGCCAUAGGCAUAUGGUAAAACAGAUUGUUUUUUAUUUUAGCUUGAACUGUAUGUUUGUAAUCUGAAAUGAUGUGAAUGUAUUUUUCUAAAUCUCCAUACUGCAUUAAAAGUUUAUAUUUAUAAAAAUA